AUGGAGAUAAGUGAAUUACUACGCAGAGGUAAUUUUAGUCGCUCAUAAAUAUUUUAGUCAUAUAUUUAAGGAAGUUAAAAUUCGCUUAAUGAUUAAGAUGCUGCAUCUCAUGUGAAUUAUUCUAAAUCUCCUACUAAAGCAAAUUUAAAUUCUAAGUGUUCGAUGAAUAAUACUAAAAAUUCUGAUAUAUCAUAUAGUAGCUAAUAUGGAAGAGACAAGUUCUUUAUAAUUAGAAAGAAUAACUCUAAAGAUACAUUAGCAAAAGGAGUAUUGAAAAACUAAUCUUAGAUGAGUUUAAAUGAUGAAAGCCUAAUUAAUAUCUAGAAUACUUAUAAAUCAAAAGCAAAUUAAUCAACUGGUGCUGGAUAUUUUUCAAGUGUUAAGAGCGAAACAUAAUUCACAAAUAAUAUUGAUGAAGAUACCAAAACAGAUGCAUAAAUUUUAUCAUCUUAGAAAAAAAAUGCUCAUCACAAAAAAAUUGUUUCCAUGGAUCAUAAUUAUAGUGGUUAAAAUGAGUAGUGGUUAAAGAAAAUAUACCCACAAUCUCAACAGUAGUCUAGGAGAAACAAAGAAAAGUUAAGUCUAGAAAAAGAAAAAUUAUAAGAAAUACUCACUUAAUCUACAGCAUUUGCAUCACCUAAAAAAUACUUUCAUUAGAAAUCAUAAAGUGGAAGCUAAAUUACAAAUUAUGGAUAGACUUUUUAUCAACCAAGCAGUUAAAAACAUAAGAGAUAGUAAUCUUAAACAAGUUAAAAUGAUACUUUCAAGCACGAGUCUACAAUAGAAUCUCCUAUGCCAAAAACAUCUAAGCAGAACCUUUUUUAAGAAUCAUCUAAAAAUCAAAACCCUUAUUUCAAUUCUGUGAAAGCAGAAGCUCAAAGUCGAAGCACAACAAACAACUUCAAAUAUUUUUUAAAAGAUAUUAAAGAUGAUAAAAUAUAAAAUGAUAACUAAUUAAAUACUUCUGACCAAAAUAUCAAAUGCUAAACAGCUAGUUCUCAAACAAACAAUUAAACUAUUCUUAGAAAUACAGCAACAACCAAAAAAUUUAGGAGUUAGGAAAAGUAUUAAGAAUAAAAUUAAUCAUAAAAAAAUUUUAGUUCUAAAAUAAACCCUUUUUUCUCUUCAACAAAAGAUUAGAAUAAGAAACCGAGCUCUAAGCUCGAUCAUAAGCUUAGUCAACGUAAUAUUCAGAUAGGAAAUAUCAGUUCACCGAUUUCUGAAUAUUUUGAAGAUUAAGAAUAGUACAAAAAAAUAUAUAAUGGUAGGAAUAUUAAUUAAAAUAUUUCAAGCAAAACAAUAGAAAAUUCAUGCAAAGAAAUUUUACCUCAAAAAGAAGAUAAUUAAGCUUAGCAUAAAAGCAGUUAUAACUUUAACACAAUAGUGAAUAUAGUAAGAAUGAAAAAAAAAGUAAAUGAAAUAGUUAAAAAAAAUUAAGAAACUAACCAUAAGAAAAUGAAAGAAAGUGAAGAUAGUGGUUCAGAUAGUGACAAGUAAGCAAAUAAGCACAAUGCUUAAUUUUAGUCUCAUAAAACUACUGUCCAUACCUAAAAAAAUGAUGAAGGGUGUGAUAUUCAUGAUAUUUAUGGAACUUUUAAUGAUAAGAUAAAAUAACUUUAGGAUCAAAUUUAUGAAGCCAUCUAAGAUUAUUAGUUAGCCUACACAAUAAUAGAGCAUGUUGAAAAAGAAAAAAAUUAAUCUAGAGUCAUAGAUACGGUUGAAAAUACAAUAUAGUCUAUUUUUUUAUCUUUGGAUUUCCUUGAAAAGAUACCAAACCACAUUAAUGAAAGAGAAGAAAUAGAUAAAAUUCUUUCGUAAUAAGCUUUGGCAAUAAUGAAAAGCACACAAGCUAAUCUUGUCAUACAAAUAGAAACUGUAUUGAUUUAUGCUAAAUAUUGCAAGGCGAUUUGCAAUUUCGGAAAAGCCUUAAGAUUAUACAAAUAGUGCAAAAACAUGUCAAUUUCACCUCUUAUGUAAAGAUAUAGAAUGAAAUCGUAUAAAAGUAUAGGACAAUGCUUUUCGAAUUUGAAACUAUAUAAUAUGUCCUUAUUAUAUUUUGGUAAAUAUCUAGAAUGUGCAUGGUACUUAGACGAUACUGAUGCAGAGCUUUAAGCUUAUGAUCUAAUUGGUAUGACCCAUUAUCUUCUAGGUGAUUUAGAAUUAGCUAAAUUUUAUCAUGAAAAGAUGAUUUAAAAUGAUAAUGAACCUUCCGAGUCUGUGGUAAAAACUCUUAAUUCUAAAAAAAUUGUAGAAAAGCUAAAAAAAUUAAAUACUGAAGAAUACAUUUAAAAGAUGGCAGUUAGCUACAAGAAGUUUUUUGCUAAAAUCCACAGCAUUGAUUAUGAAGAGGAUUAUGAGUGUUCGUCUUCCGAUGAUGAAUUUAAAAUAAGUAUUCCUAAGACAAGUUCUCAAAAGAAAAACUAAGACUAUGAGCAGUACUUAAGAGAUUUAUCUCCAAAUGCUAAAAAGAAGUUAGAGUCUGAAAAGAAAAGAUUUAUAGCAAUAUAUAAUGCCGAAGAUAAAUUCGCUUAGUUGCAGAUUAAAUAAUAAGCUAAUUAAAAUAUAAGAAUGCUAGAGUACAAAAGGAUGGCAUUUUAAUUGCCUCCUCAAUUAAAGUACACGUCAGCAAAAUCGUUUAAGCCAAUUAAUAGUACUUAAAAAUUUCCUUUCAGAAUAAAUCAGUUCAGUAUAAAUAGAAAUUUAGAUAAUUAUCUUGCUUAAGAUCAGCGCAUUUUAAAAUACUUAAAUUUCGAUUUUUACAAGCUAGUAGAAGAUAGUAAUGACAAAAAGUUGAAACACAAGAUAGUUUAAAUAUUAAGUAAAUUUUAAAAUAAUUUGAUAUUUGCUCUUAGUCAAAUUCACUGCUUAAGAGAAAGAGAUAAAUACAAAUAGAACAAAAGAAGAUUUGCAUUUUCGGGUGUUGCUGAUUUCAAUAAGCCAAACAACUUAAUCCUCAUGAAUAUUAAUUUCUCAUAAGAAAAAAUGCAAUAAGCUUUAGAAGAAAAGAAAAAAUUUCAACCUCAAGAAGACAAAUCCAAACCAAAUUCCAAUAAAUAAAAAUUCCUUUUUAUAUAAAGAUUUCAGAUGCCUUCAGAAGUGGAGUCGUAUUAUAAAAAAUGA